CUCAUCGUUUUAUGCGAUGGUUAGAAGUUAUACGGAAGCUGUUGGUAUAAAUAUGUGAACAUGAGUUGGUUAGAUUAUGGAUUGAAGACAAGUUACAAUAAGUCUAGAACAGCCAUUGUUAUUUUAUUCUUGUUGUUUGUUUUAAUGUUUGCGAAUCCAUUCAUUAAUUUUGACGUCACAAUACAUGGAAAUGUGACGUCAACAAACAAGUUAUUAUCUCCCAACAAAAGUUACAACGUAUGUUCUAUAUACACGGGAUGGUAUAUGGAUAAUACGACCACACCAUUGCUUAAACUGAAUCAAAGUCGUUAUUUGCUGCCAAUAUUGAAGAAUGGACCAAACAACCAGUUAUCAGGGUUGAGGGACGCUGUGUAUCUCUGCAUUAAACUCAACAGGACAUUAGUUUUACCAAAGUUUUAUAAACAUCGAACGGACACCGACCCGGGACUUGAAGUCAAUCAAGCGCAUCGAAUUGACAUACGUCAUUUCCGGAAGUUAAUAUCGUUUGUGACGUAUGAUGAGUUCCGCUUACGUUGCCAUGGUAACAUCAACGCUGUGUUUCGAGUUCGUAACGUUUCUAUAACUAGAUAUAGAUCAUAUGAAGAUAGAAUUCAUAUGAAGAUACUCCAGGAUAAGCACAAUUUACGACCUGACGUCAUCGAAUAUCCAGUAAAUCCUCAAUUAAUGAAAAAAAGAAUUUUAAGUUUGGAACCGAGGUUGGAUGUUGUAAAAAGAUAUUAUGGAAGCGAGAUACCCUGUGCAAUAUACGCGGAACCAUUCGGUAAUAUUCAGUUUAACCAUUAUGCUGUGGAAGGGGAAGAACCUAAAGUGAUAAACACCACUGAUGAUCCUCGCCUGUACACCCAGAUUGUUCGCUUUACAAAACCUCCACCACAUGUUGCGGAUAUAACAUCAUCAUUUAUUUAUGAUGUCAUCAAAAGUGAUUACGUCACUGUACAUUGGCGUUAUGACAAAUCUGAUUGGAUGUCUAGUUGUAAUAAUCAACGUGCAAAUGCAAACCGGAUGAAACUUUGCGAUAAAAUCCGAAGCAUCACACCCGAUGAUGUAUCAGAUGGUAUAAUAAGAGGGAUUGAUGAUGUCAUAAAUAGAUGUAAUUGUAAUGUCAUACACAACGUUUACAUUGCAUCACCUCCAUCACAAUACCCUCUUAUGACAAAGUUACAACAAAUACUUCAUAAUCGACAUAAUGUUACAAUGCAUUAUGGGAAACAUCUGCAUGAUUACAUUCUCCAUAACUUUGGACAAUGUAGUUGGUUACGUCAGAAUUUCAAUGAUAUUUUAUCAACCAUUGAAAUGCAGCUUUGCAUUAAUUCCAAGGUCUUUUACAGAGCCACUGCAUCAAGUUGGUCCAACAAUGUUGUGAUGUUACGACAGCGUCAACUGUUCGAUCGGCCAUUUCUUAGUUUAAUCAAGAAUCUAUGACAAAUAUUUAUUUCAUUUAAACAUUAC